CAUAAUUUGCCAGUAAUUGUUUGCUGCAGGGAACCUUUUAUGUUUUUGAUUUCCUCCUUGAUGGGAAUCCACGUGAUGUGUGCAGCAUUAAAUAAACCUCACACACAUCAGUCUACACAACACACACGCAGGAUCAGGAUGAUGGCUUUACACACUGCACUCUUCUUAUUGUUCCUGCUACCGAAAGUCAUGAGCCAGCAAUCAGCCUCAUGUUUGGAGCCCACAGUGCUUUGCUGUCCUGGACACAAUCGUACCUGCUAUCGUGGGUGUUAUUGUGAUGAGGCCUGUGUCACCACUGAGGACUGUUGUAGGGAUUACAAUCAAACCUGUGCUUUAAAUAAGAAAGUGAUCAUGGGUCUGCAAAUACGUGUGCGCAGCAGAGCCAGUAAUGAAGUAGCAACGAAUGCUGUGCAGAAUUUUAUUCUGGACUCACUUUUGAGAAGCCUACAGUGUGAUAACUGCAGUCUACAUAUAAUCAAAGUUACUGCCAACACUACAUCACCAACAAAGCCAGCAAAUACCACCACCCCACCAACAACACCAAAAUGGACAACAACACAGCCACCAACCACCACAUCCUUGAGAACAACAUUUACAACACAAUCGAUAAUAACAAAGCAACCAACCACCAUAGAUGUCCUAAAAAAUACAACAAAAACAUUGACCACCCCCGCCUCAACAACAACACAACCAACAACAACAGAGAUACCAACCACCACCUCAACAAUACAUUUAACAAAAACACAUCCACCGACCACCACCACCUCAAAAACAACGCAGUCAACAACAUCACCGACAGCGACCCUCACUGAUGCCUCAACAACAACAACAUCACCAACAUCACAGACACUGAUCACCUCUGAUGCCGCAACAACAACAAUGCAGUUGAAAACGUUACAGACACAAACCACCACAAAUGCCUCAACAACAGUAACUCAGUUGAUAACAUCACAGACACCGAACACCAGAGAUGUCUCAACAACAGUAUCACAGUUGACAACAUCAAAGACACCGACCACCACCACCACACCUGCCCCAACCACAACAACUCUGUCACCGACCACCAUCACACCUGCCCCAACCACAACAACUCCAACACCGACCACCACAAGACCUGCCCCAACAACAACAACUCCGAUCACCACCACACCUGUCCCAACCACAACAACACCUGCCCCAACCACAACAACUCAGACACCAGCCACACCUGCCACAACCACAACAGCUCCGACACCGACCACCACCACACCUGCCCCAACCACAACAUCUCCGACAGCGACCACCACCACACCUGCCCCAACCACAACAACUCCGACCACCAGCACACCUGCCCCAACCACAACAACUCCGACACUGACCACCACCACACCUGCCCCAACCAAAACAACUCCGACACCGACCACCACAACACCUGCCCCAACCACAACAACUCCGACAUUGACCACCACCACACCUGCCCCAACCACAACAACUCCGACACCGACCACCACCACACCUGCCCCAACCACAACAACUCCAGCACCGACCACCACCACCACACCUUCCCCAACCACAAAAACUCCCACACAGACCACCACCACACCUGCCCCAACCACAACAACUCCGACACCGACCACCACCACCACACCUACCACAACCACAACAACUCCCGCAACGACCACCACCACCACAGCUGCCCCAACCACAACAACUCCCGCACCGACCACCACCACACCUGCCCCAACCACAACAACUCCAGCACCGACCACCACCACACCUGCCCCAACAAUUCCGACACCGACCACCACCACACCUGCCCCAACCAAAACAACUCUGACACCGACCACCACCACACCUGCCCCAACCACAACAACUCCGACCACCACCACCACCACACCUGCCCCAACCACAACAACUCCGACUCUGACCACCACCACCACACCUGCCCCAACCACAACAACUCCUGCACCGCUCACCACCACCACACCUGCCCCAACCACAACAACUCCUGCACCGACCACCACCACCACACCUACCCCAACCACAACAACUCCCGCAACGACCACCACCACCACACCUGCCCCAACAACAACAACUCCUGCACCGACCACCACCACCACAGCUGCCCCAACCACAACAACUCCCGCACCGACCACCACCACACCUGCCCCAACCACAACAACUCCAGCACCGACCACCACCACACCUGCCCCAACAAUUCCGACACCGACCACCACCACACCUGCCCCAACCAAAACAACUCUGACACCGACCACCACCCCACCUGCCCCAACCACAACAACUCCGACCACCACCACCACACCUGCCCCAACCACAACAACUCCGACUCUGACCACCACCACCACACCUGCCCCAACCACAACAACUCCCGCACCGACCACCACCACACCUGCACCAACCACAACAACUCCCGCACCGACCACCACCACACCUGCCCCAACCACAACAACUCCCGCACCGACCACCACCACACCUGCCCCAACCACAACAACUCCCGCACCGACCACCACCACACCUGCCCCAACCACAACAACUCCCGCACCGACCACCACCACACCUGCCCCAACCACAACAACUCCAGCACCGACCACCACCACACCUGCCACAACAACUCCGACACCGACCACCACCACACCUGCUCCAACCACAACAACUCUGACACUGACAACCACCACACCUGCCCCAACCACAACAACUCCCGCACCGACCACCACCACACCUGCCCCAACCACAACAACUCCGACACCGACCACCACCACACCUGCCACAACAACUCCGACACCGACCACCACCACACCUGCCACAACAACUCCGACACCGACCACCACCACACCUGCUCCAACCACAACAACUCCGACACCGACCACCACCACACCUGCCCCAACCACAACAACUCCCGCACCGACCACCACCACCACACCUGCCCCAACCACAACAACUCCCGCACCGACCACCACCACCACCACACCUGCCCCAACCACAACAACUCCCGCACCGACCACCACCACCACACCUGCCCCAACCACAACAACUCCCGCACCGACCACCAUCACCACACCUGCCCCAACCACAACAACUCCCGCACCGACCACCACCACACCUGCCCCAACCACAACAACUCCCGCACCGUCCACCACCACACCUGCCCCAACCACAACAACUCCCGCACCGUCCACCACCACACCUGCCACAACAACUCCGACACCGACCACCACCACACCUGCUCCAACCACAACAACUCCCGCACCGACCACCACCACACCUGCUCCAACCACAACAACUCCCGCACCGACCACCACCACACCUGCUCCAACCACAACAACUCCCGCACCGACCACCACCACACCUGCUCCAACCACAACAACUCCCGCACCGACCACCACCACCACACCUGCCCCAACCACAACAACUCCCGCACCGACCACCACCACCACACCUGCCCCAACCACAACAACUCCCGCACCGACCACCACCACCACACCUGCCCCAACCACAACAACUCCCGCACCGACCACCACCACCACACCUGCCCCAACCACAACAACUCCCGCACCGACCACCACCACCACACCUGCCCCAACCACAACAACUCCCGCACCGACCACCACCACCACACCUGCCCCAACCACAACAACUCCCGCACCGACCACCACCACCACACCUGCCCCAACC